AUGUCAAGCGGCCGGACGCAGCCAAACAGUGGAGUGAGUUCAGUGCCCGGGACGAGCAGCAGUGGCGGGGGUACUGGCUCUUCCAACCCGGGUGGAGGAAGCAGCCACACAGCUUCAAGUAAUGGAAACAGCUCUGCGAACGUGGUGCCCUCUCGGAGUUUGGCUUCCCCCGCAGCAGCUGGUGGAGACAGCGGGUUGUCGGUGCCUAGUUUGUCCACAGGGCCGUCCUCCAGGGUCGGCUUUUCCUCCCUGAACAGACCCUCAGCCUCUUCCAGCAGCAGGAAGAGGUCUCUGCAUCAAGCGCCUCUCUAUAAUGGACUGCUGAACUCCUAUGAGGAUAAAAGCAACGACUUUGUCUGCCCUAUUUGUUUUGAAAUGAUAGAAGAAGCACACAUGACAAAGUGUGGGCACAGCUUUUGUUUUAAAUGCAUACGGCAAAGUUUGGAGGAUAGCAACAGGUGUCCGAAGUGCAACUAUGUUGUUGAUAAUGUGGAUCAGCUCUACCCAAACUUUCUUGUAAACGAACUGAUUCUUAAACAGAAGCAAAGGUCAGAGGAGAAAAGACUGAAACUCGAUCAUCCUAAUGGGUCAAGGUGGCAGGUCUUCCAGGAUGUACUGAGUCCGGACCAGGAGAACCUUGAUCUUGCAAAUGUCAAUCUGAUGCUCGAGCUCCUGGUUCAGAAGAAAAAGCAACUCGAAGCAGAAUCUCAAGCAGCGCAAAGGCAAAUCUUAAUGGAGUUUCUCAAAGAAGCAAGGAGAAACAAGAGAGAGCAACAUGAGCAAUUGCAGAAGGAGCUGAACUUUCUUGAAGAGGACAUUAAACGUGUUGAGGAAAUGAGUGGUUUGUAUUCUCCAAUAAUGGAGGCAGAAUGCACAGUGCCCAAUGUGGAGGCUCCCUCUCCAGCUCCCAGUUGUAGUAGUAUUAUUGAUACACAAGACUACAAUCAGCCUCCAGGGUUUGGGGGUUCGACACAGGGUAAAAGACAAACUUGGUACAACAGCACACUCGCGUCCAGAAGAAAGAGACUGACGGCACACUUUGAAGACUUGGAGCAGUGUUACUUCUCCAACAAAAUGUCCAGAAUUACAGAUGAGGGCCGAAAUCUGAACCAGCUUGAUGACUUCAUGGAGUGUCUAUCCAAAUUCACUCGCUACAACUCGGUGCGGCCCCUCGCCACGCUUUCGUAUGCCAGUGACCUCUAUAAUGGCUCUAGUAUUGUUUCUAGUAUUGAGUUUGACCGUGACUGUGACUACUUUGCCAUUGCCGGUGUGACCAAGAAAAUAAAGGUCUUUGAGUAUGGCACUGUGAUCCAAGAUGCAGUAGAUAUUCACUACCCAGUAAAUGAAAUGACCUGCAAUUCUAAAAUCAGCUGUAUCAGCUGGAGUAGCUAUCACAAGAACCUUCUGGCUAGCAGUGACUAUGAGGGUACCGUCAUCCUGUGGGAUGGGUUUACGGGCCAGAGAUCCAAAGUCUAUCAGGAACAUGAAAAAAGGUGUUGGAGUGUUGACUUCAAUUUGAUGGACCCUAAACUUUUAGCCUCAGGUUCAGAUGAUGCUAAAGUUAAGUUAUGGUCAACAAAUCUUGACAACUCAGUGGCCAGCAUUGAAGCUAAGGCAAAUGUCUGCUGCGUGAAAUUCAGUCCGACCUCCAGAUAUCAUCUGGCCUUUGGUUGUGCAGACCAUUGUGUUCACUAUUAUGAUCUACGUAAUACCAAGCAGCCAAUAAUGGUGUUCAAAGGCCACAGAAAAGCUGUGUCUUACGCGAAGUUUGUAAAUGGAGAUGAAAUUGUUUCAGCAUCUACAGACAGUCAGCUUAAGUUGUGGAAUGUCAACAAAACCCACUGUCUGCGCUCAUUUAAGGGACACAUCAAUGAGAAGAACUUUGUGGGUCUGGCUUCCAAUGGAGACUACGUGGCUUGUGGCAGCGAAAACAACUCACUUUAUUUAUAUUAUAAAGGACUUUCAAAAACACUGCUAACAUUUAAGUUUGACACAGUGAAAAGUGUUUUGGACAAAGAUAAGAAAGAAGACGACACAAAUGAGUUUGUCAGUGCAGUUUGUUGGAGGGCCCUACCAGACGGAGAGUCAAAUGUUUUAAUUGCUGCAAACAGUCAGGGAACAAUCAAGGUACUCGAGCUUGUGUGA